AUGGCGCAGCGGGAGGCGGAGCGCACCGCUCUGGCCACGGAGAGAGCGCAGCUUACCGCGGCUUGGCGCGUUUUCGACUCCCGCCUCGCCGCGGCGCGCGCCGCCAACGAGGACGAAUGGCGCGCUAUGGAGGAGGAGCGGAAGCUUAAAAGAUCAUGUCAGUCAUUUGUCCAGGAGUCAUUGUUAGGAGGUAUGGAUGAUAUUGAAAGUUUUGUUUCAUCUAAGAAGAGGUAUCUGAAAUCACGGGGGGACACCAAUCUCCUGCGUAUUGUGAUGAACCAAGGCAGAGAAUAUUUAAGCGGAGGAGGAUCAACAAAAAAAGAUGAACAUGAUCAUGAAGACAAAGAAGAUGAGGAGUCUGACUAUGAGGACGAAGAAGAAGAUGAGGAUGGAGAGCAAAUACCUUAUGAGUCCAGCGAAGACGAGAUGAGUGAGGAGGAGGAGCAGGAUUUAGAAUCAGAAGAGCAGGAUCUGAGUGGUCAUGUGGAGGAAGACCGAGAGCAAGUUGGUAAUAAUGCAGCUAAUGAUGCAGACAACCACCAGUUUCCAAAUCCACCACCGCAAUACAUGGUCGAACGGAUUGAGGAAGAUAUCAAGGAAAAGGAAACACAUUUGGUUAGGCGAUCAAGGAAGGACAGAGUCGCGCAGCAAGGACAAUGUGAACUAGAUAGGGAGCAGACAACACCUGGAACAGAUGAUUGUAGUGAGAAGCGCAUGAGGAAAUUGAAGAGGGAGAGGUUAUGGUUACCUGUUCCAAUUGAUACAACAGAUAUUGUGAAGAAGGAAAACUACAUUCUAAUACAGAGCAAAUUAGCAGAUGAUGUGCUAUAG